UACAGAGUUGAUUAUUCCUAGAGAGCAUCUGAGGAAGUUCUAUACGGAAUUGAAGCAUCACGCGGAUAGCUUUGAAGAAAGAUUUGCAGCUGGAGAAGAACCAAGAUGGGACCAAAUAAAGAUGUUGCGAGACUUCUUGCUGUUGAUGGCAAUGUUGAGUGGUGCUCCGAGGAGCUGUGUGCUUACGAAUAUGACUGGUGAAGAAGUAGCAAAUGCUACUAAUUGCUCUGGUAAAAGGGUCAUUAAGGUUGGUGUUCACAAGACAGCUCGUGUUUAUGGCAAAGCACAAGUGAUCAUUCGAGAGGAUCAGUGGAAAUAUUUCACAAUGUACGAUGAAGUGAGGCAUCUCUCUCCCGGUGGUUCUCAGUCAGUGGUAAACAUGCAGGCACCAUUCUUCCUGUCAUCUAAGGGAAAGGGAGUAAACAAGCCCAGUACUGCACUCAAUGAGUCUUGGAAGGACUUUGGCCUGCCAGGCAAAAUCUCAUCAAGGGCUAUCAGGAAGACAGUGGUGACAGCAGCACGAGAUGAAUUAUCAAAUGAGGAGCGGCAAAGAAUCGCUAGUUUCAUGUGCCAUUCUAUAGAAACUGCUGAUCACUACUAUGCUGCGAGGUAUAAGACCUCACAGAACAUCGAAUGUAGAGACCGAGUCUGGGACAUGCUUGUUGGAGAGGAAGUCCAGCACUAUGCCGAUCAGCAACAACAGCACAAUUUGAGGCAAUCACCCCAGCACAAUACAGAGGCAACGGAGAGUGUGGAAUCACCCAAUACAGAGGCAGCAGAGAAUGUGCAGUCACAACAAGCCCCCCUGACCCAACACUUACAAAAUAAAACCAGAAAGCCAAGAUCUCGCUUUAGACUGACUAGUUCUGAACUUGAGGAUAUGGAAAGAACUGUCCGUGCUGUGCUCAACAGAACAUGCUUCAAAACAAAAAAUCCAAAAUUCAGGGACAUAACUGAUGAAGCUUACCCCCUAAUAAUGGCAACUACAAGGCAGAAAAUGUCAAGGCAACAGUUCUAUGACAAGGCUCGCAACAUGGGCCUGAGAGAUGGGCUUUGGUGACUGUAUGGUGGAUCGUUCAACAUGUUACAUUCCCUACACAUCAUGAUGUCUUCUACCAGAGAUUACUAGAGCACUCCAGAGUAAACAGAAUAGUUCCAGAUUCUCAGCACAUUAUUAUAUUUCUUUUGUUACAGAAGGGUUCAUGUACCACUUAGGCAGCCAUUUUUUUUUUUUAUGAAUUAGCAAAGAUUUCAAAUCACCCUUCACCAACACAAGUUGAUGUAAUUUUCUUUGGGCUAAGGCUUUUGAUAGAGUUGACCUUGUUUGCAUUUAUAUAAAUCACAUGUCUGUUGAAAUAUGCUCUCGUGGAUCAGGUCCUCCCUGUUAAAUAGGAAACAAAGCGUUUUUAUGGUGCUAAAUUUGGUUACGCACAUGUUAAUAAUGUAAAAAAUCACUUCAUCGUGCUAAAACUAAGACAUUCAUUUAUUAAAGUCACCAGUGACCAAUAGCUAUUUAAAGUACCUUGAAAUGAAGACAAGGUAUAUGUGUUUAUAUCCUGUAUAAAAGAUUGAUAGAUUUGAGCUGAGUAAAUCGCCUUCAAGCACAGUUUCAGCAUAAUCUGAAUGGUUGUCAGCUGGUAUUGCAUCUCAUGCUAUCGUGAGCAAGAGCAGCUUGCUAUGAUAAGUUGCAUCCGAUUGUGUAUUGUUAUGUUUAUUUUUUCAGCUCGUGACAUUACUAGGGAAUAUGAAGGUCUGGAGGAUUUACAGGGGCGGAUCUUAACUAUUUGCAGACAAAUUGUGGGGAAAAUGUUUUUAAAUAUAUGAAACAUAAUUAUCUACAUGAAACAGUUAAUAAUUUGUUGAUUUAUGAACCAAUAUACAUUGAUAAAAGUUAAUAUGUUUUGACAUAAUAGUGAAUUUUUAAGCUUCGGGGAUGUACACAAGUACAGGUGUACCAAGUUUGCAUAUUGCAUUUCUGUAAUAAAUAAGACAAAUGAAGUCUAAGCUGCCAUUACAUGCCAUAUCAGUAAACAUGGACGGGAAAAUAAGUACAGUUAGAGGGAUAGUGAACCAGGAAGCUUGCGACCAAUGGUCAAUAGUUCAAUGGUUAAGAGUUAGCUUUGAUAAAUAUGCCUUUUAACACAAUGAUCCACAAUAUAUAUUUCAAUAAAUUUACCUAUACAUGUUAAGGAUUUUUUGUCAGAAAACAGGAAUGUUGGGAUGAGAAAUAACGGUACUCAUUUUGUUACAUGGUAACAUAUUAGUGGUAUGUACGUUGUAAAGAGUAGCGGAUAUAUCUGUAAUCAUUCAAGUGGGCAUAUAUUGCAACACACUAAGAGAUCGGAAUGUUGCAUCCUGGGAAAGUUGAUGAGAACAAUAUGAGUAGUUCAGGACUGAGAUGAAGCUAUUUCUGGGUACUGGUCUGGUAUACUGUGGCGUUAAAGCUUCUUCAAUUUAAUUGGAUGUUUUAUUAUUGUUUCGUCGCGGCCAGCGGCUGAAUUGAAAAAGAUUUACAGCAUAAUGUAAACAAUGAAAAUGUACAUUUUUUCUUAAAAUGUAAAACAUUGAAAGAAACUCAGUUAUAUAGAGGAAAUAAGAAGGUUUAUAAUAAUGGUCGAGAUUUAGAGGUACUAGUCUACCAAAGUUUUAUAUAUUAGGUCAGCUUGUUAUAACAUUAUUAUACAUGAUCAUAAUAAUAAUAAUGGUGGCUACUUGCAAAGCGCCCAGGUCCGUCACGCAUGAUGUGAUGUAGGUAACAAAACCUUUAAUUUUUAGUUAAGUUGGACUGAGUGAAAUGAGAUUUAUAUUUUGAAGUAGAAUUGAAAUUCAGAAUAUUUAUUUGAAAUCAGAAAAACAUGAUGGAGAAAACCAUGGAGAAAUUACAAAACAAAGUUUCUUUGGGUUAAUGAUGUGUAGACUCAAUAACGAAAGCAAUUAAGAGUGUAAUAGUUCAAUUUUAUUCUAAAAGCAUUAUAACAUUGUUGAAACUAUAAGCUUAUAGAUGAAACAUAGAAUAUUGAAAUUUAUCAUAAUUGUAUACUAGGGAUUAAUUAGACAUCAAUUUAAGGGGUUUUGUCAUUGUGUAAGUUUUUUCACAUUGACUCUGUACUACAUUGAUGUUUGAGAUUGUGUAUAGUUUUAUCCCAUGUAACUUUGACAUUGUUUGUCUGUACUCAAAGGUAUAUAAAGUGCAUAUGUUUAAUAAAUCCUUAAACCUGUGAUACACAAGA